GUUACUAAGAAAGGUGAUAUGGGUGACUUCUACCGUAACUUGCUCAAAAAAAAUGUAGCUUUUGGGGCAAAUACUAGUAAAAGAGGAGAUGACAUUUUACCUUCUAGGCAGAAUGCUGAAUCUGGAAAAUCUCAACCUUCUGAAACUCAUUCUGAAAAACAAUCUGACCUUAUAGAUAGGAAGUCAUCUGACCUUACAGCUAGUAAUGUCCCAGAUGAACCCAAGCCGUCUGCCAAACAUGGUAGAAGUGAGGAUAUGGACAAAGACAAUAUAGAACUCAGAUUGCCUUCCACCGUCGAUGCCAGCCAAGCAGAUAGUGGUUUGCAGUCUGAAAAGGGAGGAAUUACUGCAGACAUUGGGAGUAAAGCCGAAACUGUAGGUGAGAAUGUGAAGAGCUCUGGCCACCACCACAGACAAAGUCAAGAGGCAUUGGCUGCUGCCAAAGAACGUUAUUUAGCUCGAAAGCGAAUGCGAGAAGGCUAA